UCUUAUUUUAGAUUCUAUUGUAGUGUUUCCGGCUGGCCAAGAACUAAAAGAUGAGCUCCAAAAAUGCGCCGAGAAAGAAAGAAGCUCUGUCUGAACCAGCAUUUGACCUGGAACAACAGUUUAUCCUUAGGCUGCCACCGGGACCAUCCAUGGCAUUGCGAAGAGAUGUCCAAGCAGGCUCUCUGACUAUGAAGGAUAAAUUCAGCAUUGAGGUGCAACCAGACCACAGACACUGUGUUGUUAGAUAUGGCAACGAACUGUUGUAUGGAAAGUUGAUGGACCUGCCAUGUAUAAUUGAAUCUCAUAAAACAGUCGAUAUGAAGACAUUCUACAAGACAGCAGACAUUUCACAAAUACUAAUAUGCAGUUAUACAGAUGAAGAGACGAGUCAAGAUGAAAAUGAAAGCCCCAAAAAGAAAGAGAAGGACAAAAACAAAAAAUACCAUUAUCCACAUGGAGUGACCCCGCCACUGAAAAAUGUUAGGAAAAGAAGAUUCAGAAAGACAUUGAAGAAAAAGUACAUGGAACAGCCUGACAUUGAGAAGGAGGUGAAGCGACUGUUCCGUACCGAUGCUGAGGCCAUCAAUGUCAAGUGGGAGAUCAUCGUAGAGGAGGAUAAGCCCACAGCAGAUUCCAAUGGUCAAGGUCAGACGACAAUGGAAGGCUGGGUCGGAGGUCAAUCUGGUCAGUGGAAUCAGAACUCUGGCGGUCUAGACUAUGGAAAUCUGUUUGGGGAUCUGAGCAGCUCAGAUGAAGACGAAGAGGAGGAGGAUGAAGACGAAGAGGAGGAAGAAGAAAAAGACAUCAAUAUCAUGGACAGUGGGGAAGAGGAUCUGUCUCGGGGAGCCUACAUGCAGGGUGUGUCCACCUUCACUGGCAAGGACGACAGCAUGUCACAGGACACGAUGGCUGGUGGUGACCCCGACUCGGUUGAACUGCAGAGUAAGCUGUCGGAGUUAAAACGCCAGGUGGAGGAGAUUCGACAACGGCGGAAAUCAACUGAGGAUCGUCUGGCUAAAACUGACAGCCCUGUGUUACAGCAAAGAAUACAGGCUAUUCUGGACCAGACAAUUGAGGAGGAGGAGGAGAAAGGACAAGAGUAUGAAAUACUAUCUUCAAUGUUGACGCAGAGCUGAGGUUGAAUGAGGAUGAAUGAGGAUGUAAGGAAGAGGAUGUGAAUCGUUACCAUACGCGGACAUUACUGGGAAAGUGAUGAAAGGACUUUUCGUUUGUAUUAAUUGUUCGUGUAUCUGAACAUGUGAUCACGAUCAUCUUCAAAGUCAGACUGAAAUGGAGAGAAGUAUCUUGUUGAGUUGAAACACAUUUACUUAACCUAGUGUACAAAUGUAUGUGUUAUACUUUUUACAAUCCAACUGGUUCCUAUAACGGAAAAAUACAUUAUCAGCUUAUUUUUUAAAAAAAUGCAAAGGGGAAUUAGAAAAUGAAAUUCAAAUAAUGCUUAAUGACUAAUUUGUAUGCUUAUGGUGUGCAGUUACAUUUUUGAUUUGGCAGAUUUGAAAUAUUGAGAUUUUUUUUACUUGACCUUUCACAUAAUAUACCAGCUCCAGUAAUCAGUCUAAUGGAACGGUAACACCCUGUCAAUAUCUGUAAAUCACAUAAAGCAAGCACAUUGUGUACAUGUUUACAGAUGACAUAUUGGUGCCAGUCUUGUUCAAUUUAAUGUCUCUGAUUUCUGCUUCUCAUUGUGAUUUUUGAACAGAUAAUGUGUAAUAUGUAUAUGUUUAUUGCGAUUUCUUACCGCGACUUUUGUAAAAGACAACAAUAUUUCAAUGAAGGGACGAUAUUUUGCACGAGACUUAGCCAAGUCUGGUCUGGUAUAUUGCAAAACACCAUCCAAAGAUUUAGAUAAGCAUUUUUUUUUCAACUGUAGGUAAGUGAUUUAUAUUCUUGUACCUCUAUAUUUAAACAUUUCUGUGGGAAGAUUUUUUUUCUCCAUUGUUAAUGAAUUUGUGAUGUCACAUUGGUUGCACAAUGUCAAACUCAUGAUGAUGUCACUGAAGAUGUGUAACUUGUUAAACAAUGUUAAAAUAAUGACAUCGCAGUUUGGUGUAAUUCGUGACAUUGUCAAACUCUUCAUGACAUCGCCAAAGAGUUGCGAUUUUGGGCAGAACAUUAUGUGAAUCUUGCACUAACAGAAAAACGUGCCAACUUAUAUGCUGUGGUGUUGACACACAAUGGCACUGAUCUGAUCUUCUUUUGGAUAUAUACAAAGUCUCUAAUGGGUUUCUGCUGACCUUUGUUAACUUUAAACAUUAUUGGAAUGGCUUUACUGAAGCUCUAGCUAACCAGCGGUACAAGGUUUCUACAUAACAGUAUUGGUCUAUAUUCAGAUCAGGAGUUUUUACCUUGCUUCAAUGUGUAUAGACGGUCCAAUCAGGCACAUAAAUAGCAUGACUGAUUAUAAUUAGGUGUAUGACUUAAUGCAAGAUUGAUGCCAUCUACCUAUUAUGGGCUCAAACUAACUCUGAAACAAUUUGUUAUGUUAUUCUCGAACUUAACAUAGCUUUUUUUCCACUGGUGGUAUUUAUUGAAAGAACAGAAUUUCUUUGGAAUAAGAAAAAUUAAUGUUUUUUUUUUUUUUAUAUCUUAAGAAUUGUGAAUGUUUAAGUAGGAGCUUAUAUGAAAUACACAAUUGAAUCCCCUCUGUACAGUACGUUGCAGGACAGUAGAGGAAUAAGCAAGCAAAAUAGAUUUGUUUUGUUUAAGAGAUAGAAAACUAGGACAGUAGACAGGAUGUUAUCGACUUCAAGUUGGUAUCACAGCAGAAUUGUUAAACCUAUUGAUUCAUCUUUAUGAAUGAUUUUUUCCUAUUUUUAUGAAGGAAUACUUUUCUAUAUGAAGUAUUAUAUUUGUGUGAAAACGUGAACUGUAUGAAUGGAUCUUAUUUGUAUGAAUGAAGAUUUUAUAUGCAUGAAUGGAAAUUUCAUCUGUAUGAAUGAAUACUAAAUUUGUGUGAACGAAUAAUUUAUUUAAAUGUGUAAAUAAACAUAAACUGUUUGAAUAUGAAAAAAUGAUGUUUUUUUUAUUUGUUGUACACCACUAUGAGAUCAGUGGUUGUUCAAAUCGCUUUUCAUCCGUCGGUAAUUUUUAUGUCCUUGACCAAUUCUUGAUAUUGCUAUUUUUCAAGAAAUAUUGUGAGAUCUUUCUCUUUUGUAUUGUUGCUAGGUGACCAUCUUAAAACUUGACAGUUAUAUUGUGUUAUUGCUAUUUCUUAGUCGGUCCAGAAAGGAUUGGAAAAACUAAACAGACGUCUUGAAUUUGACCACUGUUAAUAUUCUUCUACUGAUCUUGUCAAGUUUCGUAAAUAAGUUCUUGCAUAUCCCAAGCUUUGCAUGUUUUAUUUUAAGAAUGAUCGGAAGAAAAAGAUGGAUACCAGAAAUAAGAAAUCUCUCUGAUCAUUUGUCGCACAUAACUAAUCUAGUCAAUAGUUUGAAAGACAUCCUUGUUUUAAAAGGACAUUUCGUUUUGUAUUUAAGUUUAAAAAAAAA